AUGGCCCGAUCCCAUCUCUCCCUCGCGCUCCCCCUCGUCCUUCCUCCAUCGCCGCCAGUGCUCGAUACCCUCGCCGUCUCCUCGAUCCCCCUUCUCCCACCUCGCUCCAGCCACCGCAGAACCAGGCUGCCGCCCGCUCUCUCGUCCACCAUCGUCGUCGGAGCCCACGCCAAGGCCGCUCCUCGCCUGGACCCGUCAAGCCCCGCCACCGGCUUGUUGCUCUGCUCGACCCCGACCUCGCUGGCUUCGCGCGCCUGCUCGCGUCCAGCCCUGUGGCCCGGGAGCUGGCCGUCGCGCCAUUCCCCGACCUCCACCAUCCCGCUUCGAGCACGAGCCCCGCAGUGCUCUGUCUCGCGCCGCGUCCUCCCUCUGCCUCCUCGCCAUGGCCGCCGCGUCUCCCUCUGCAGGACCAGGCCGCACCGCACAUCCUCCUUGUCAAGCCCCGUCGCCCGAGCGCUCGAGGAGAGAGGAGCUCCUCGAGCACCUACGCCUGCAUCCGCUCGUUCCCUCCAUUUUGGUCAGAGUUCGCCGGAGCCCGAGCACCGGCCGCCUUGCACCCGCGAGCACCACCACCUCCAGCGCACCGCCGUACCUCCGCCGCCCGGCGACCUUCUGCAUCCACCUAUAGCAGCUCUCCCUGCGACCUCCUCUUCAUCACCGCCUCGUGCCGUCCCUGCCGACUCCGACCAGGGAGCCCCGCCGCUCUCCUGA